AUGUCUUCGGAUGGACUCAAUCGUCGUAAAGAAGUUGUCAAUAGAAAUAACGACACAAAUGAGGAGAACGUGUCUCAAGAAGUGUCGCCCGAAAGACCACAAAAGCAGAGUAUUAUGAAGCGAGUGAUGAGUCUAAUGGCACUCUCGAUGGCUAUUCUUGUGAUGGUUUACUACACGACACAAACCAAUGACACCAAAGAACUGGUGAUGGCUUCGGCCACUCAAUCCAUAACUGGUCCGCCGAUCGCACAGCAAGUCAUGUGCUCUCAAGAAGACUAUACCGAAGACAGGGUUCGGUUCCCUUCGUGUGCGCCUCAAAGAUGCGGACGUUUUGUGUCCGAUUCGGUGAUCACUGAAUCGGAAGCCAAACACUUGCUGUCAGUGGCGAAGAGAGGCCUAUCAUUGGGCGGCUCGUCGGGCGGCGCCUCUUACCUGGGCCUCCAUAACGGCAGACUGUCUCUGGCAACCAAUUACGUGAAUAUCUAUAAACUCAUCGAAAGUACGCCGGAAAAGGCGGAUGUGUUGACCGAAAAAGACUUAGAAGUCUACGGAAGUGUGAGAAACAAAGUCCGCAAAACGAUUGCCACUCACUUCGGUGUCCCCGCGGCUCAGCUCUACGUAACGACGCCGUCGUAUUUCUCAAGAAUCACGACAAAAAGAGCCAUGCACAAAUACGAAGCGUAUUGGCGCAGACACGUGGACAGACAUCACAUUAAGAGCGAUCACUACACUUCUGUCAUCUAUUUAUCGACAUAUGGCGCGGACUUUUCGGGCGGAAGCUUUGUAUUCGCGGACGAGAUGUCGAACCACACGAUUGAGCCUAAGUUGGGACGACUCGUGUGGUAUACGUCCGGCUCAGAGAACGAGCACUUCCUCGAGAGGGUCACCUCCGGGACCCGAUAUGCUCUCGUUAUGGGCUUCACGUGUGACCCCAAGUUUGCGGCCACAGAGCCACACAUUGUUAGACCGCAUACAUGCGCCCAACCAUUUUGUUGUUUGUAUGGGGUGUAG